AUGAAGGACCAACACACAGUCGUUGAAGAGUUCCAUGAACUUGUCAACAUGACAGCGUCGGAGCUCGAAACGUGGCUCCAGUCGAACCAAUCGCAGGCGGCCGGCUGGUUCAAGAACGAGGGCCAUGGCGAAUCCGUCGGCCACGAGAGCGGCGGUCACAUUCUCGACAUCCUCAAGUCGAACCCCCAAAAGAAGGCGGAGAAUUACAGCGAGGAGCAGGUGCAGCAUAUGCGAAAGGUCGUGUCGUACUGCAAGAGACACCUUGCACGGGAGGCAAGAGGCCACGGUGGAAAGUCGGCCGCCGAGGUCAAAAAGACCAAGUCUUAUGCCUCGCUGAAGAACUGGGGACAUGACCUCCUCAAGAAGAGAAAGGCGUCCAAGGGUGCGACGGACAAUGGAAACGACAGGUCGGAUGGUGGCCAAGAGCACACGGGGGAUAAGAGAAAGGCGCCGAGCGACUCUACCAAGGAAAGCAAGAAGCGGGAGACGGAGCAGGGCAAGGCUGGCGACGGCAAAGCUGGGACCGAGGGUGCCGAGGAACCCUCCGAAGACAGUGCUGAAUCCGAGUCCGAGUCAAACGGAAAGGGGACGAGCAAGAACCAAGACGGCAAGGAUGAGGAGGAAGAGUCGAGAAGCGACUCGAGCGUGGACAGGCCAGCCAACGGCCCCGAGGUCGGCGAAACCGUGAGCUGGAACUGGGGCAGCGGCGAGGCACAUGGAAGAGUGCUGCAUGUCAAGGAAGAAAAGACGACGAUUACAACAAAGAAUGGGAACCGCGUGAGCCGCUCUGGUGACGCCGAGGAUCCGGCCGUUGUGCUCGACACGGGGAGGUCCAAGGCCGUCAAGUCCGCCCACGAGCUCCACUAG